ACCAUUGAAAGAUGCGAGAGAGCAUUUACGGCCAUUUGGUUCUCUUGAGCCCCCAAAGUCUCUUUUCCACUUCCCCCACUUACUUUCCCUCCUUCCUCUGCAACUCACACCUCCUUCUUUUACAGAAACUGACCACUGCCUCAAUGGCGACACAGGAUUGAAAGCACCUCGAACGACAAGAAAAGAAAGACCCAAAAUGUCGAACAAGUCCCCAAUUUUUCCGAUGCCAGAGCCCCAUCAUUUCAGCGACUAUGGAUUUGACCCUCAAAUUAACUAUUUUCAGGUGUUAGAAGAGGCAAGGAAGCACAAGCGCGAGUCAACAAGGUCCAUAGACUCCAUCCACUUCAAGCUCCAAAAACCCAUUUCCAAAGACGAGUCAAAGAAAACCCACAAGGCCAAGAAGAAGCGCUGGUGGAGAAGCGCCCUCCUUUUCUUCAAGUGGAAGUGGGUCCACCACGACGGUCAUGGCGGCGACAAUCACGAGGACGUCCAUCUCGCCAGGGCUCGAGCCUUCAGGGCCUCCAUAUCAGGGCCCGUCUACUUCACCGAGAGCAGAAGUGGUUCUGCCACGCCGUACCGCUCUACUAGCCGGCCUUCCUCGGGUCCUCUCGCCGGAACAUUCACUCCGCCGAGCAAGGAUGAGGUGGACAUACCUUAUUUGAGCCUCAGAGAGCUUAACACGGAGCAGCAGCAGAGGGUCUCCACCUCCGCCAUGCCCUUAUAUUUGGUCACUUGAAAAGAAAAAUUAAAAAUCAGUCCUUUAUUAAUCUCUUGCAAAAUGGGUGUUUAUGGUGGGGCUGGUUUAGUUUGGAUUAGAUUAUUGGGGGAUCAUUUGUAUCUUUUCGGGUUUGCCCCCAUUUGUUUUUGCAAACCGCAAAAGGUGUUUGAUUCAUUGGAGGAAGAGCUGGAUCCUCCUUUUUCGUGUUUGUUGCUCACUCCACUUUUUUUUUUUGAUAUCUGCAGACCGAUCAACUCGUCCUUUGACUAAUGCCCACCUCUCUUUCCUUUC